AGCUUGUUUGUAGAGGGAAACUUUUCUCCAAGGAUCGCGCUCCUCCUCUCCACGCUCCUGACGUGCAGCCACUUCAGCGGUGUACUCUUUAAGCAUUAGCCGCUUUAUGAAGUCAUCUCUCGGGCCUUUUUUUAACUUCUUUUCUUAAAACCACCGAGCAAAAGCCUUUCCUGCUAUUUUUCAGAGGAAAUUCAAAAUAAAUUUCAAGGAAUCAACAGCGUGGACCGAGGCGGGAUGGGGCGGUCCAGUUGAAGUUGCGAGCUAAAGACAGGCUGAGUCUCCUCCGGUGCUCCCACCACACUAACGCCAGUCCCCGCCUUGGAGGCCAUGGGCUGCGGCUUGCGGAAACUAGAAGACCCGGAGGAUAGCAGCCCCGGGAAAAUCUACUCCACCUUGAAGAGACCGCAGGUGGAGACCAAAACAGACACCGUGUACGAGUAUGUACUGCUAGACUUCAGCUUGGAAGGUAGCCGUCCGACAGUCCAGUAUGUGUCCUCGCUGUCUGAGCUGCCUCAGGCCCUACAGCCAUACUACACACAAGGCUACCUCCUGGCUGCCCUUCACCCCAUCAUCCUGUCCGUGGGUCGGACCCGCUCGCUUCCCUUCAGCCUGCUCUACCGCGCCAUCCUGGCCCGUCCUAGACCCAGUAAGCAGACAGCAUCCAUGUAUCACAGCGUGCCGGUGCUGAGGGUGGAGGAGUGGCCUUUACCUGGAGACUCGCUGACGGCUGACACUGUCAGAGCACUCAUCGACAGGGUGAACAGCAGUGCACGGGGAGGGGUUCGAUUCAUUGGCUCCGUCCUCCAGCAGGUGAGUGGGAUCACCAAUGGCCGGGUGCACAGUCCAAAGAGGGCCUGUCGCUCGCCUCCACGAACACCUCCUGAAACACUGCCUGGAGACAGAGAGCUGGAUGACAACACCUACAGUCCCGAUUUGAGGUUGCUGGUCUUCUUCCACUCAUGGGCUCCUGGCUGUGCUCCUCUGGACUCUCUGGGCUGUCAGUACCACCAGGGGGCACUCUCCAUGCGUGUCUCCAGGAAAGGCCACGUGGUCAGUGCUCUGGAGGCUGAUUGGUUGGAGCUGACUGCUGCCUACUAUCGCAAAGGCUGGUCACUGGUAGACUCCUUUGUUUACUGGGACACACCUAAAGGCGAGCCGGUGCCUCGAUCGCUGGAGGGAUUGUUUGUGUACGAGGAGAGAAGCACGUCUCCUCCUGCCAAUGACACAAUUGUCGUCGAGCAGUGGACCGUCAUCGAGGACUCCAAUGUGAAAACAGACUAUGGGCCGCUCCUCCACACUCUGGCUGAGUUUGGUUGGCUGCUCACGUGCGUGCUGCCCACACCCAUCAUCCGGCAUGACAGUGACGGGAAUCUGGCCACAAAACAGGUUGUAUUCCUCCAGAGGCCGGUCAGAGGUCAGACAGCCGGACAGCCGAGGAACCAGUCUGUGUCCGGUCACUCUGUGAGUCGGGCAGCUAGCAGCCCCGACCCUCCAGACACCCUUGCUCUGCCUGCGGGAGGCAUCGGGGGAUUCCCAGUGUUCGGAGGAGGGUACCCCAGCUCCCUAUCCCACAUGGAGGAAGGUGGCUUUGAGCAGGACGAGGGGAAAGCUGAGGUCACCUGUAUGUAAGCAGGUGGACGUACCCAAGCGAAGAGAUAUGAACUGUGGAAGGUGCAGACUAUUCACCAUCUGACAGAGACUUUAAUGUAGAGGAGCUCUGCACUUUGAAAAUGUUGUUAACGAAGCCAUAACGAGAAAACGGUUGGAUGUGCAGAGUGAUGCACGCCUAAUAACAGGUGCUCCCAGUAUUAUAAAGCACAGGAAAUAUGUUAAUGUUAUUGUGAGAACUUGAAGGAGCGGGGCUCUGCUUUCUGCUUACAGUCUGGAGUUAUGCUCCUUCACAGCUCAGAAACAUACUGAAGCAGGAAGAAAUCUAGUUUAGUUUAUCUAAAGUUAUUUAGAAAGAGUACAAAAAGUGAUGUGGAACUAUAACUAAACAUAAUAGGAAAAGGUCACAGGCAGUUUUGGUUAAAAGGGCCCACUUGUUCCUACUUCAACCCCCUAAAAUCCAUGUUUCCUGAGAAAGUUCAUGAAUGUCAGCUUUAGAUUUGUAUGUCAGUGAGACAACAUCCUUCAGUCAAGUAAUCAGUGGUCAGUAAUAAAUGUAUUCCAGAAUAUGUGACAGGAAAAAGAAAGUAACACAUUCACUUUGACAUAUGACCGGAGACCUCAGCUGUGUGGAUGUAGCUGCUCGGUGUGGCUGCCAUCGUCCUGUGCGAUCACUGUGUGGUGUCAGUGGCUCUGUUAGGUUUAAUAUCGUACACGAUGGAGCUCCAUCAGUAGACAUUUGACUUGUUCUUUCAUAACUGGUUUAAAGUCCCAGCUGUGUGUACUUUCUGCUGGCGUGUGUAUAUAACUGACUCUCAGUCAGAAAAGCAGCAGAAGUUCAGCGUCUGGACUCAGAGUUCGAGGAAGUCUGCUGGAGCCUCGAGGAAGAUGAUGGUGGAGGUGUUGAGCUAGUACAUGGCGAUGCAGGGCAGCAGCUCUGACGUGUGAAAGGAGGAGAUGGGAGUUCAAACGCGAACUGGGAGUGUGUGUCAGGUGUGUGACGUGAGGAGCGUGAGGGACGUUGGUGUGCGUGACACAGGGCAACUGGAGCGCCACUUCAGUGUGUAGCUCUCACGCUGUGAUGAAGGCUCUGUGCUGAAACCAUACAAGGUAUAAAUGGUGGGCGUGGCUUCUUUGUCUGAAAAGUGAAGCAGACACACAAGUGCCUUAAACCUGCACUCUUUCUAAUGGCCACCAGGGGGUGAUACCAAAGGUCACAGGUCCUAUACAAGUCUAUAAGGAAACAGCUCCCUGCUUGGACCUGUAUGAACACGAAUUCAGUGACGUAUUUUGGAUCGUACUGAUUAAAACGCUCCGCUUUGUAAAGUUUGGUCACUCCAAGUGUCAGAGAGGAGGCCUCAUACAGUCGGUGAGCACGUGGUCUGAGUCAGCGCUACACCCACAGCUCAUUACAUCAGAGUUCUGAUGAUGAGAUCAUCACACAGUUUAGUUUUUGGAAUACAUUUAUCUGAUGUUUAGCUCUCCACUGAAGUUUUGUUUCUACUUUCACAUAUGUUUCACCAGGUAACCACACAAAAAGAGAAAAGUAAUUGACCUACUUGAGCCACCGUACAGAUAUGUAGUUAACCUAUUUACCUCCCCAGUACAUGAUGAAAGCGAGGUGCCUGAAAUGGUAUAUUUGUACAGAAAAGCCUAUUUCUCUGAGAUGUUACAGCUUUUUAUUAUUUAGCUAUCACUCUGGAAAUCAUUCAUAAAGCUCAUCGUGUUUAAAAGUAUUAUUUUCCUCCUUCAUUUUAAAGGUACUGGUAAUAUUCCUGCUGCUUUCCAGACAUUGUUACAUACAUCCUAAAUGGAUGGAGGGCUCUUUUUCUGCUGUUGUGCGUGUGUGUAUAAGUAUAUUAGAUGAUAAGUGUAUUUGUCUCAUUUAUAUAAAAAGGGCUUAAAGUUUUAAUUGGAUUUCAUGUAAGUGUAACUUGAGCAGAAAACUAUAUGCAAAUUUCUAAAGCUGAGCUUUGAAAUAGAAACGAUCGAUGUAGUUUGCAGUCUGUGAUGCACAAAUACAAGAAAUGUGAGUUAAAUGCCACAAACAUGAAUUUCUAACAGGUGCCAUGUUCUGUGAAUAGUAUCAAAAUGUUUAAAAGAAGACCCUGGAAACUAAUUUUUAGAAGGGAGAUUUGAGAUUUCAGGAUGAGGGAGGGCUUCCAUGGCAAUUCCUGAUUAAACUAUUGUUUGUUCUGGGAUUAUAUAAAGGGAAGUUACUUUAUAAUAGGACACAAAUGGGACAUAAAAAUAUGGACCGACCUCAUGAAUCAGGAAUGACUUUUAAGCAGACCUGUUCUUAUUUUCAGCAGAUUUGAUCUUGGACUGGUUACAACAGUCACAUUGCAGUAUUCACAGUGAACUGUUCUUAUUAGCGCUGAUCUUCAGUUCAUCCCGUCUGAAGCCACUUUUAGCUUCCUUUAAGCCAACUUUUUUACGAUUGGCUGCCCUUCGUUAAGCGUUUACAGGUGGGUGGGGCUUCUGUGCUUACAGCCUGAGGGGGCUUUAUUAGAGCAAACAGUAGAAAAGGCCAACGUGUACAUACCCUGAACUCAUUAUGUUAAUGUUUGCUUUGUUUAAUGAGCUCGAUGAUCAGAACAGUGCGUCAGGAAACGAGGAAAGCAGAGCAGGUCUCCUUAAAGAUUAACGUUCAGGUUAAUCUGAGGACUUUUAUAAAUAAGGUGCUGUUUUAGUUUGAAUGGAAAUGUAUUAAAUGGGUAUUAACUGUCAGUAUUAAUAUUCUAGCUUUUCCCUCUUUCAAGAGUUGUACAUUUCCCGUCCUUUAUCGUUGCUGUUAUUUUCUAUUAUUGUAUUAAACAGUAUUUCCCA